CCAUCUGCAAAACUGACAGCAAAACUCAACUUUUCUCCAACAAUUAUCAACUUCACUGCUGUUGCUGCCGUCCAAAUUAUUUUGUGCUCCUCUGUCCUCGGUUAAAUGAAAAGUCAAUACAGUGCAGCAGAUAUCGAAUUAUCUUGAUAAGCUCGUGUGCGUUUUGAGAAAGUCAAAUGGUUCAGAAAACUGUGACGCAAAUCCGACCUGGGCGUCGUUUUCAAGGACAAACAAUGGUAAACACUGAUCAGAACGAUCUUCAAUUGGAUUCUUCAACAAUUCUUCCACACAACCUUGGUGUGAUGACCUAUGCGGAGUAUUAUAAGGCUGGAUUACGACGAAAGUCCGGCUACAAUUCGGUUUCCAAUUUUGAUCGUACGUUUGUGGAAUUGGUAUUCAUUGAUGAAGAAAUAAGGUUACGACUGGAAAAGGCUGAUGAUGAUGAAGAAGAAAAGAAUGCAGUCGCUGCUGUGACAGAUGAAGUAGCACCGGAAUUAGCGCAACCAGAGAUUCAAGACACCGAACUGAAUGACGAUGUCUCUGUUCCUAUUCCUGCAGCGACGAAUGAUAAUGUCCCUGAUCCUGACCCUCCUGCUCCUACAAUUACAACUGAGAUUCCUGCUUCAUCAGAAAACGAUGUUGCGGACAGCUCUGCUGAGGAAACGAUUCUAGAUUUGACUACCAAAGCUAAUGCAAUCCAGGAAUAUAAUUUUUGCCCGUUUUAAAAAGCUGAGCUUCAAUUGAAUGAAUACUUAUCUGCUUGAUCCAUUUCAAUCUUGUUUAAUUCAAUAAUUGAUUCACAAUUCUAUUGUCAACUUAAAUUUUUUACUGCUAUAUGCAGCAGGUAUAUUAAAUUGUUGUCUUUCUAAGUAA